AUGCAGAACAACUAUAGUUCUUACACACCUCGUGGUAUUCCUCAAAAUAAUCCUGGAGCUGGAUUCUACCCAACGGCGACACCUCCAGAUCUUCGUUUCUACGACUGGCAAUAUGGACCUUCAAUGCAUGGAAACAAGUCGAACUGUUAUCUGCCAGCCGAUUUUCAGCGACCUCCUUGUCAGACCUUUUUGGGUACGCGAUCCUCGGGUGUUCCUCAUCCCGUUAACUACCCUAAUUUUAAUAUUCUUUCUUGUGGAGAUUAUCCGAAUCCACAGCUCGAUAGAGAUUAUAGGCAGGCCUUCGGUCGAGAAUUUGAACAGGGUUAUGUGGAACAACAAACUCCCCGCAAUAGUGAUCAAGGUACUUACUAUUCACAGUCAUACAAUGAGAGAUUGUCGAAUUCUCACCACCAUUAUGACUUCCACGCCGGUAGCGUUAGAUCAUCGUCCCGGGAGCACCCAAUUCACUAUACCGGUCCACCUCAGGAUCAAGAUUGGCGCAUUCCCCAGCCAGCUCUUGAACCCCAAGUCUCUUCGUGGGGAAGUGGUAUGUCCAGCUACAAUUAUGGCUAUCGUCAAGGGGAUCGGUACCAGAAUGAUCGUGAACGCUACGGAAACCAGUCCCAGUAUCGCGAGCGUUCCCGAUCCCCACCUACAGGCAGGGACCUAGGCUACAACCAGGAAUUUUGGUAUCAUCCUGGGGGCAAUGAGUGUCCAUUUUCCUUGGGUUACAUCAGCUCAACUUAUCGAACUUCCUCGUCAAUGCCUUCGCAAAGGCCCUUGUUUGCUGUUGCGCAGAGCACCUCUUCUCAGAGGAUCGCGUCAGAAACCCUUCUGAUGAAUCCUGGUAGAAAAACUCGGCCGCCGAAAAUACUAGUUAUUCUGCGUGGUUUGCCAGGAUCAGGCAAAUCAACCCUUGCUAAGUUGAUCAAGGAAAAGGAGGCGAAGGCGGCAGAGGAUGAGGGCAGGAGUGCUGCAGUCCGGGUGCUCUCCAUAGAUGAUUUUUUUGUCAAUGAGGAGGGUCGAUUUGUCUACGAGGCUGAGAUGGAAGAGGUCUAUCGUAAGCAGCUGGUGAAACUCCUCUCUCGGCAAAUUGACAAUGGGCUUUUCAACUUCCUCCUCGUCGAUGCUGUCAACCGCUCGGCCGCAGAACUCGAGGAGCUGGCUGUUCAGGCUCGAAGCAAGCACUUCCAGGUUUAUGUCAUUGAAGUUAGUACCAGCCUAACUAUCUGCCUUAGUCGAAGUGCUGGUCGCAGAUCAGAGAGUGACGUUCGUGCCGUGAGUCAUAAUUUUCGCGUAAACGGAUGUGUGAAAGUGUUUUUGUGA